GCUCCUGCCUGGCCGCCUUUGGGGAAAGGGAGAGGAAGACCACUGGGAUAGCCAUGGCAGGCGAGCUAGCCACCUUCAAGGCGGAGAUGCUGACCUUCAGCCUGUGGGAUUACGGCAUCUUUGGCCUCAUGCUGCUGGUCUCCACGGGCAUCGGCCUCUUCUAUGCGCUUUCCAAGGGUGGCCAAAAAACCUCCGACGACUUCUUCACAGGCAGCCGGAGGAUGUCAGCCCUGCCCGUGGGCCUGUCGCUCUCUGCCAGUUUCAUGUCGGCCAUCCAGGUGCUGGGCGUCCCGGCCGAGGCCUACCGCUAUGGCAUGAAGUUCCUCUGGAUGUGCCUGGGCCAGCUGCUGAACUCCCUCCUCACCGCCUUCCUCUUCCUGCCUGUCUUCUACCGCCUGGGGCUCACCAGCACCUAUGAGUACCUGGAGAUGCGGUUCUCCAAGAAAGUCCGCCUGUGUGGGACAGUCCAGUACAUCAUUGCCACGAUGCUGUACACGGGAAUUGUCAUCUACGCCCCUGCACUGAUCCUCAACCAAGUGACCGGUCUAGAUAUUUGGGCCUCCCUUCUCUCCACAGGCAUCAUCUGCACAUUUUACACCAGCAUCGGUGGGAUGAAAGCGGUCAUCUGGACAGAUGUCUUCCAGGUCUUCGUCAUGCUCUCCGGCUUUGUGGCCGUCCUGAUCCAGGGAACGCUCCUGGUUGGGGGACCAGGCCAGGUCCUCUCGAUCGCCUACAACCAUUCCAGGAUCAACCUGGGAGAUUUCAGCCUGGAUCCCCGCAGCCGUUACACUUUUUGGACCUUUAUUUUCGGAGGGACUCUGGUUUGGCUUUCCAUGUAUGGGGUCAACCAGGCCCAAGUCCAGCGCUACGUGGCUUGCAAGACAGAGAAGGAGGCAAAACUCGCCCUCCUCGUCAAUCAAGUGGGCCUCUUCGUCAUUGUCUCCAGCGCAGUGGGCUGUGGCAUUGUGAUGUUUGCUGUCUACAAGGACUGUGACCCGCUCUUGGCCGGACACAUCUCGGCGCCUGACCAGUACAUGCCUUACCUGGUCCUGGACAUCUUCAAGAGCUACCCCGGGGUCCCUGGCCUCUUCCUGGCCUGCGCAUACAGUGGAACUCUGAGCACGGCUUCCACCAGCAUCAACGCCAUGGCAGCCGUCACCGUGGAGGACCUGAUCAAGCCGAACAUGCCCUCCCUGUCACCGGGGAAACUCACCCUCAUCUCCAGGGGGCUCUCGCUAAUCUACGGCACUGCGUGCAUCACAGUUGCGGCUCUUUCAUCCUUGUUGGGAGGCGGCCUGCUGCAGGGCUCCUUCACGGUCAUGGGGGUCAUCAGCGGGCCCCUCCUGGGAGCCUUCAUCCUGGGCAUGUUCAUUCCAGCCUGCACCACUGUGGGGGUUUUCUCUGGCCUCGGCGCUGGAUUUGUCCUCUCCUUUUGGGUAGCAGUGGGGGGCACCAUCUACCCACCCAGUGCUGACACCAUGGGAGUCCUCCCCUCCUACGGAGACUUCUGCCCACUCUACAAUGUCUCCCAGGGGGCCAACAGCACUCUGGUGUUCGGGCCGCUGCCCCCGCUGCCCCCCCUGGAGCAGCCAGAGAGGCCAGCCAUUGCGGACGACUUCUAUGCCAUCUCCUACCUCUACUAUGGUGCCUUGGGCACCCUCUCCACAGUUGCUGCUGGGAUCCUGGUGAGCUGCCUGAAAGGGUCUGCCGGCGAAGACAGGAAACAGUCAGGGGUGCUGUGGUGGGAUGUCAUGAAAAGGCCGUUAGACAAGACCCCCGGGGCCUCUCCUCAUCCCCAGAAGAAGGCCUUCGACUCGGACUCCCCGGCUCUGGGCUUCGAGGCGGAGGACAGGACCCUGCUGGCCAAGGAGGAGAUGGCCCUGGCCAAGGGCUCCGAGGAGUCCAUCUGCGCGUGCCACGCUCUGGACCACAGCUGCUUCCACCUGCUCCGAGAGACCUGCAUCUAGGGCCGGCAGGCGGUGGGGGAGCAGGAGCCACCUUGGACGUCUGGAAGGCAGGCGGGCGGCCUGGCUGGUUGAACCUAGUUCUCCAGUCAACGGAUGUGAGGACCACCUGCCCAAGCAGACGGAGCUGCAGGUCCUCCACGGGGGCUGUUUAUCACACACACUUGCCUGACACCAGUAACUCCUGAGGGGACGUUUCCAGAUGGAUACUGGUGUGGGUGUGUCUGUGUGUAAAACACACGUGCAGAAAGGAGGAAGAGGGGAAGCAGCUGUUGUGAACCAGGACAAGUUUCAACUAUUCCGUUGGUUCAACAUGGGCUCAUAAAUACCCCUCCUGUAAACCCCCUUCUCAGCCCAGACAGUAUUUUUCUCUGCUAGAAAAUGGUUCCCAAGGAGGAGAAACACUCCCCACCACCUCUUUCCAAGUCCACGUUCCCCGUUUUCUGAAAGGCAGCAGGCCCUGCAAAAACACAAAGACCUCCUGUGUUGUGCAUUUCUUGAAUUUCAUGGGCUUUCCCAAGGAAGGCUGGGAAUUGUACUUGAGAGACCUGCUGGGCCUCCUCUUAUCAGACUCUGGGUUUGGGGUAGGUAAAAACGUCCAAGGAGAAUUUUGCCUACGUGGGAGUUGGUUGUCAGGGUUAUCCCAAAAGGAACCAGACCCCAGUGCCUCUGCCACCCUUUGAUACAGCUCAGCUUCAGGAAGGAAUCAUUUUCUGGAGAAGAUGCAGAAAAGGGUGAGCCCAACCAUCAGGGGCCGCUGUCACUUCCCCAGGAGGACAUUUGGGACCCUCUAGGGAAGCACGAAGUGGCAAGUAGGCGGAGAUGGGACAGCGGACGUGCCCAAGGCAGAGGAAGUCCCACGGCCGUCUGUGUUGAAAUGGAACGGUGGGAGGCUCUGGGGGCGCUUCUGCAGAAAGCACAGAGAUACGGUGUGGAAUGUCCUCCCCUGAGUAGCCACAGCCACUGAUGUGCCUGGCUUUUAAAAGCGGGUGACCCAAUGCAGGGAAGAGGAGGCUUCCACAGCUACUAGCCACAAUGACCAGAAGGGUCUUCAGCACGCUUGAUAAGAGCUGAAAAUCCCCCCCUGCCCUCCUUAAGAAGAACACCAGGCCGGCCCUCCCGAGUCAGGCCCACAGCCACCUCAGUCCAGCACUCUGUUCUCACAGUAGCCAGGAAGACGCCCCUGGGGGCUCACGGGCGGGGUGGGAGGGUAGAGACACCCUGUUGGCAGAGUGCUGGAAAGCAUUUGGCCCAGGAGAGAUCAGAAAAGUCACACACCAGGCAUUUCUAUAAAAAUAAAUUUAUUUACAGAAAGCACAAAAACAUAUUUACAGGCUUGUGCAUCUUCACAGGCUCUCAGAGAGGAGAGAGCUCUCUCAGAGAGCUGCUUACUGGCUGCAAGGCUAAAAGAAAACUGAAACUAAAACAAGUCCAGGCAAGGUUCCUCCCUUAGGCAAUGCAACUAUUAACACUUAAACUGAGGACAAUUAAAUUCGACCUCUUCACCUGGCCAGAAUGAUUAGUUACCAUAGUAACCUUAAUCUGUAGCAGAAAACAAUAUACCGACACUCCCCUCUUUAUGCUACGGAAUGAGAUGCAGACCAACUUGCUUUGUUAACUCUUCGUGUCUUGGUACAGCAAGAGGUUUGGUUAAAAUAUCAACAAUCAUGUCUUGAUUCACAAUAUUUUAACAUUAUUUCCCCUUUGGCUAUCAUGUCUUUGAUAUAUUGAUAUCUAAUAUCUAUAUAUUUUGUCCUAUUCUUGCAGGCUUCAGGUUUUGCCAUAGCAAUGCAAGCUUGAUUAUCCUCAUUUCAGUUAUAGGCUGGUUCACUUCCAUGCCUAUGUCUUUUAACAACUGUUUAAACCAUAUAACCUCAUUACAGGUUUGCGUUAGAGAAUAAAACUCUGCUUCUGCAGUGGAAAGAGCAACAAGUGUUUGCUUUCUAGAAUGCCAGCCUAAGCUAGACCCAGCAAAUUGAAUUAAAACCCCAGAAGUGGAUUUCCUGUCACUGACAUCUGCUCCCCAGUCAGGAUCGGCAAAAGCCUGCAAUUUCUCUGUUCCACAGGCAUUUAGCUUCAGACAAUAAUUCUUUGUUCCUUGCAAAUAUCUCAUUAACCUCUUCAAUGCUGCUUUUCCAGUAGAUGUAGGCUUCUCUACCUACUUAAAAUGGCCAUAAAAUUUGAGAUAU